GCGGGACGUUUCGUCCUUCUGAUGCUCCUCCUGGCCGUCACAUGUGUCCGCACCAGCCGCCUGGACCUGCACGAGCGUAUGGUAUCGUUCGAGAAGAGGAACCCAGUGCACUAUUGUGGAAAAGAUCUGGCGGAUAUGCUCGAUCUGCUGUGUCUAGGAGGUGCAGGGAAACGCUCCAGCCCAGAUCUUAUAGCUGAGGAAUCGGCCACGACAUUGUCACGUGACUUCCUGCUGCCUUCGCUGCGCUCUGCAUACGAGAUACAGCGUCGUCUGUCCUCGCGAGGGCAGCGGAGGAAGCGAGGAAUCGUGGAGGAAUGCUGCGAACGGCCCUGUUCCAUCUCAGUUAUGAGAGAGUUCUGCUAAUUCGACCUGACACAAGAACGCUGCUUGUGAUAUAGGCAUUGUGAUAUGUAUAGCUGGAAGGCCGAGGGAUGAAAAGCAUGACUCUUGUGGAGGAGAAGCAACCAAGCGUGCUUUCGGGAAAGUCUGAGGCAAUUUUGUGCUGUUUAUUUGGAAAAUGAGCUUUGUAGCGUUGGCAAGUCCGAAAAGCAGGCGUCGAGAAAAUCAAAGAGUUCGGUGUAAAUAUCGGAGACUUAUUUAUAUUAUUAUUCUUUAUGUUCAUUGGGAUUGCCGCUCGGUACAUUUACUCACACAUGACUUGUAUCGUUAUAAAACAGCAUUCUGUGUUGUGAUUUAAUGGUAAAAUAAGGCUGUUAGAAACACACUUUUGAAUAACGCAAAUCUCACCUACAUGUUCACUGUAACUUUUGCUGCCCGUCGUGCUUGAAAGAUUUGUAACGUUUACUUUCAAGUUUAUUAUUGAUAUGUACGAUGUUCCGGUAAUGAUUGGAGGUACUGCAUUGUCAAAUAUAAAGUCUGUAUCAAUGCAGAUGGUGUGAUACCGGAGAAAUGAACUUUGCCUGCCGUAUAUUGCUAGCGGUAUGGUGGUUCGGUUACGCAAAAUGUCAGUGGCGGAUGCCUGAGGAUGCUUUAUAUAAACUUUGCCCCUCAUAUUCGCACAUUUGCUCGGCACAAGGGCCUUUCGAUGUUAUUAUCGUUGCGUAGAGCAUUGUAAAUGUACCAUGAGCAAGACAGGAUUCAUUUUUGGAUAAUCUUGCCCCGCUUGUGUCGUGUGUGUGAAA